GCCAUGAGUUAGUCCACAGAGUUCAGUGGAGUUGCUUGCAUUUUUGUUUUCUGUGAAGAAACAUGUCAUUUUAUCUGAUGAAACCCCUUGAACUUUGCAGCUAGGCAAGGUGGAAAGUUUGUGGUGAGGCUCAGUUCAGGCACUGUGUCAUCUCGAGUGUUCCCUUCGCUGUCUGGGAGGGGCAGGAGCAGCCUCUGGUGUUGGCUCAAUCCUGCCCGCAGUGCUGCCACUGUCUGCCCUGUGCAUUUUGGUCCUCCAACUCCCUUGCAUCUCAUGGUGCUGGAGGCACAGAAGGGGCACUGAGGAUCAGUGGCCAAGGACAUGGGAGGCCCAAGGCCCACUGGAACUCCCAGAACAGUCUAAAGCCUUGGGCUAGGGGACAAAGCCCAGUGUGGCCCUUGACAAGCCCCUGGAAUGCUGUGCGGAUGUCCUCGGGAUGAGGCUGUGCCCUGGGCUCAUCAGGGCCUCUGUCCUGGCUGGCCCCUCCAGUGAGGGACACUUGGUGCUGUCCUUUCUCCUGAUCUCUGGCCCUUCUUCCUCUAGUUCCUCUGAUACUGUCACUGUCGGAGUCCUGUCCCCUUUAGCACACAUUUUUAUAGCAUUCUUGGUCAUUCCCGUGUCCUUUAAAUGUGUGUGUCCAGCUUAUGGCAGUGAGAAGAAAGCAUACAAUUCUAUAACAGAUUUUUUUAAUAGCUUUCAAAAGUGUUUCACUGUUCUAAACUCAAAUGUAAUUACCUGAUUUGUAAAUAAAACAAUUUGAAACUGGUGUUCUCUUCUCCAUAGAGAUGGACUCUCCAGGGCAGCUUCCUGCAGGGGAAGUUCCUUACCUGACUUGUGUGUGGCUCCUGAGCAAGUGGGUGGGUGUCGUAGGGCUCAGGACUGCCUUCGAGGCCUGUCUAGGAGAGUGCUGGAACCCUAGACUUGGAUUCUCCAGGCGCUCCCCCCCCACACCAACACCCACCCUUACUUUUCUCAGGGAAGGAGUCAGGGAUGUGGGAAGUGGAGGGGUGGCAAGGACUAUCUGAUGCUCAGCAUUGAUCUGGACACCAGCAGUGGAGGAGGAUUGACCAAGCACAGUGCUGGCUUUAUACAGUUAAACUGGCCAGUUUGGAUCCAAGAAAGGCUGGAUCCUUCCUGUUGGAUGAGAGCCUGCAAGCUUAGUGACCUUGUGUGAGUCUAACUCUACUCUGCCUCUCUACCCUCUUUGCAACUCUAGUUGGAAGCCUUGUAGGUGGGCUCAGGUCUGGGAUUCCUGGAUCCAGGAUUUGUGAGUUUGUCAGACUGCAAGAGCAUUAUGGACAUCACUCUGGAUCUUGUACCCUUGCUACCUGCAUGCCAGGCUGUAUACAUUCUUGGAGCAGGGCUGUCCUCCAGGGUUACAGUGAAAAGAGCCCAGCAGCAAGUACACCUGAUGGAUCAGGCCAUGAGUGUGAAAGACUUAGAGAAAGACUCACACUGCAUCUAAAUACACCAAACAGGUCAUCUUAGGUAUCUGGAAAAGAACUUUACAAGAUGUUUAACUUGACAGCAUUUGCUAUUUGUUCCCUCAAACGAGAAAGCUUUAAGACAAUGGACCUGAGAUAGCAAAGUGGCUCCAGCAGUAGACAACAUCUCCGGUGACCCUGUAGCUCCUCCUCUUUGGCUCAAGGUGGGAGGAAAGGGCUCUACACUGCAAAGGACAGGUUUAGUCCAUGUGCAGGGCAGGUGGCAAGUGGGCUCAGCAGUGCACAGAGAGGCCCGUGAGACCCAGGUUGCCAUGACAGCUGGGUGCACAGGCAGGAAGGCUGCCUUGUUCUCCCAGCUGUGGCUGUUGUGGGUGGACGAAAUCAGGUCUGCUCCCAUGCCUGGGACCCACUUAGCUGUGAGUGUGCUGUUCUGACUGCUGAGAGGGCUAGAGGUGACAUCAGGUUUGUAAACAAGCUCUCAAUGGCCCUGGCUUUCCCCUCCCCAAGGACUCAGCUGAUGUCAUGGGGCUGGGUGAGGUGAACUGAGAUACAUCUCCUUGCCUCUGCCUCUGCCAGGAUAGCAGGAAACACCACAACGAGUGUAGCAGGGGUCUAUCCUGGCUGGCACCAUGCCUUCCCAGAGCACCACCGACCUCUCCCCAUCCGGGGGAAGCCCAGCCUUCAGGGAGAUGGAGCCCAAGGACCAACAGCUCAUGGUGGCGCUUCGGAUCCGCCCACUCAGUGAGGCUGAACUGGAGGAAGGAGCCACCAUCAUUGCCCACAAAGUAGGGGACCAGGCAGUUGUACUCAUGGACCCUAGUGAGGACCCCGAGGACACCCUGCGUGCACACCGGUCCCGGGAGCGCACCUUCAUCUUUGACAGAGUUUUUGACCAGCAUUCGACACAGGAAGACGUGUACUCUACCACCAUCCGGCGUUUGGUAGAGGGCGUUAUUUCUGGAUACAAUGCAACAGUGUUUGCCUACGGCCCCUCAGGUGCAGGGAAGACCCACACCAUGCUGGGCAUGGACGCGGAGCCUGGCAUCUAUCUGCAGACCCUCACUGACCUCUUCCAGGCCAUUGAGGAGACCCGAGACCACAUGGACUACUGUGUGUCCAUGUCUUACCUUGAGAUAUAUAAUGAAGUGAUCCGGGACCUCCUGAACCCAUCUUCUGGAUUUCUAGACAUAAGGGAAGAUUCUAGGGGCAGCAUCCAGAUUCCUGGCAUCACAGAGGUCUCCACCUUGAAUGUCCAAGAGAUCAUGCAGCUCCUCACCAAGGGCAACCGGCAGCGUACACAGGAACCCACAGCCACCAACAAGACAUCCUCACGUUCCCAUGCGGUACUGCAGGUGACAGUGUGUCAGCGGCGGCGUAGCCCAGACCUGGCAGAGGAAGUGCACCUCGGCAAGCUCUUCAUGGUGGACCUGGCCGGCUCCGAGCGUGCCUCCCAGACCCAGAACCGUGGCAAGAGGAUGAAGGAGGGCGCGCACAUCAACCGCUCGCUGCUGGCGCUGGGCAACUGCAUCAACGCGCUGAGUGAGAAGGGCAGCCGCACGCAGUACGUCAACUUUCGGGACAGCAAGCUCACGCGCUUGCUGAAGGAUGCCCUGGGAGGGAACAGCCACACGGUGAUGAUUGCCCACAUCAGCCCAGCCAGCAGCAGCUUUGAAGAGUCACGGACUACACUGCUCUACGCGUACAGGGCCAAGAACAUCAAGACAAGGGUCAAGCGCAACCUGCUGAACGUCUCCUACCGCAUCGCACAGUACACAGACGUCAUUUCGGACCUGCGCAGGGAGAUCGAGCAUCUCAAAUCAAAGAUUGAGAAGCAAGAGAAGAACAAAAGCGAACCUGGCAUCCCAGAUGUUCAAGUCACGGUUGGCCCCCAUGGUGCAGAAGAGGAGAGCCACUUGCAGAUGAACAAGAUCCGGGCACAGCUAAUCGGGGCCUUUAAGGAGCAGAUGGAGAUGCGGCACAGCCUGGUGGAGCUGGAGAACACCAACCUUGAACUGCAUGUGGACCUGUACCGCCACCUGCUGACCAUUGCGGACUGGGAGCAGGGGAAGAGCGACCUCCACAUGCAGAGGGACCAGAGUGAGCUGGAAAAAGAUGAGGAGCUGGCAGGCACUGAUGGGGAGGACGUGCCCGAAGAGCCGCAGGAGGUGGCUGUGACCACAGAAGAAGUCAACUUACUGCUAGCAGAGCAUCAGAAAACCUCAGCCCUCAAGGCUGGCCUGGAGCAGCGGCUUGCCCUUGCUAGGCAGAAGGCUUCAAAGAUGGAGACGCUCCUGCCUGCACAGGUGACCAGUGAGGACCAGCGAGAGGUGCUGCGGCUACUGUGCAGGGCCCAUGAGCUGGAGGUGGAGAACACGGAACUGAGGGCCGACAGCCUGCGCUGCAAGACCCUGCUGUGCCAGAAAGACUUGGUGAUCCAGCACUGCCACCAGCACCGGCGGCUCUGCGAGCAGCUCAUCCGGGGCCAGUGGCAGUUGAUGCAGGACAGUGGCGUCCAGGUGCCAGAGGCCCUGGAGAGGCAGUACCGUCUAUACUUCCGGGAGCUGGGGGAGGGCACGCUGGACCGCUUGCUGCUGCUGCACUCCAGGAUGGCCAGCUCACUGCAGGAUGCUUCUGUUGUGAACACAUCACCUCUGCCGGAGGCCAGCCAAGCCCAGCACGAGGACAGGAAAAGUCUCCCUUGUGGCCUCCAAUCUGAGCUCCUCCUGCUGCUUUUGGAGAGAGAUAGGGAUGGUAACAAGUCAUCGAAAGCCACGCCAUCCAGAAAGCUGGGCCGGCAGGAUUCUCUCCUCCCUCCACCACAGCUUCGCACCCUGCUGACUCCUCCCCUGCUUGAGCAGAAGCCAAGCACCCUGACCAUGAAGAGCCUUAUCUCCAAGCUGAGCCCCUCAGCUGGUCUGGAGUCGGGCACACCCUGGCUGAUCGGGGAGGCUGGCAGCCCAGCCCUGAGUGCCCAGGCCCUCAAGGAAAUGGCCCUGGGCACCAAGAGCAUUGCCCGCAUUGCAGCCAGCCGGCGCUCCAAAGCACAGGACAGGGAGAGCAGUAGCAGCCACUCUUCCUGCCACCUCCUGGAGGAGGCAGCUCUGGACUCCAGAGACCCAAAGCCCAGUGCUACCCCAAACCCCAGCCCUGCAGAGAAGAGGUGGCUGCCUGCCAGCCCCAGCAGGGACCGCUCCAUGGAAAGGAAGGCUACGAGGAAACAGUCGCCCUCAGUCACCCGCAGCAUGCAACUGGUGAUGGAGAAACCUCCCCUCUCUGUGGAGCAUUUGGCUGGGAGUCAGCUGCCCCUUGGACACUUCCAGCCAUCAAAGUCACCAGGAAAGAGCUUUCUCCCAGCUGUUCCUGUGGCCUCCAAGAUAAAACCCACCCUCGGUUUCCACACAGAUGAAGCUACGCUGCGCAUUCCUGAAAUCAGCUUCACCUUUCCCAGCCCCAUGUGGCAGAGCAGUGCAGGCCCCAGCCGGGGACCUCUCCUGCCCCAGGACAUCCAAGGGUCCGCAGAUAGCAGAGGCCAACACCACAGCCCACUGCCUCCCAGCAAGCCCCACAGACGACUUGGUGGCACCACUAAGAGACCAAGGUAGUUGGUGGCUGGCGCAGCAGGCACACAGGGGGCCAGGAUGGGCAAGAUGGGCUGUGGCUGGAACUCAUCUGGGCAGCGCACACACCACCCCAGGACCACUUCACCUCUCAGAGAAUGGCACCAUGGACGGCCAGCCUUGACCAUGGACCCUCCCAGGAAGCCCAUGCUUUUCUGGGGUCACCAUCAUUAAAGAUGCUGUUCCAGGACCAACCCUCAUCCAUGGUCUGCUCUGGGAGGAUGCUGGAUGGGGCAGUGGGGGGUGGGGGGGCAGCACUCCAGCCAUUAGGCCUGUGGAGCCUGAGCAGCCAUAGGUGGGAGGUGGGGAGUGAGCUCCCCAAUUUGGAGGUAUGCAAGGAGGUGAGCCCCGGUGUUGAGAGUGGGGAUCAAGUGGCAGGAGAUGGAGGUUCCUUCCAAGAACAGAUCAUCUUACCACAGAAGACUGGAGACCCACAUCCCACACUAGCUCAUUCUUCCCUUGCUUUUGCGUGAGUUAGUGGCAUAGUCUAUUCAGCUGUUACAAGAAAAUACCAUGGCUGGGUGGCUUACAGACUGCAGACACUGGUUUCUCUCAGCUUGGAAGUGGGAGGUCUGAAAUCAGGGUACUGACCUGAAUGGGCUCAGGCAGGAUCUGCUUCUGGCUUGCAGGCUGCUGACUCCAUGCUGUGUCUUCACUGCUUUUAGGGGACACUAAUCCCAUUCGUGAGGGCCACACCCUACUAACCUGACUACCCUGGGGCUCCCUCUGAAUGCUAUUAAUUUGAAAUUGUUUCAACAGACGAGUUUGGGAGGACACAAAUAUUUUACCCACUGCAA